AUGAGUGAAGACAAUCCUCCUUGGAAGAAGCGUUGGGGGUUACUAACGCAAAGUCGUUCAAACCCUCAUUUGGCAGAGGAGAGAGGCCAGAAAGCAGUCAGUGGUCCUUCCUCUCUUCCGCCUUCGAGGAAUGAAUCUCGCAGAGGAUUAUCGAGGUUGGUUCCCAAGUACUUGGGCAAGGUAACCAAGCGCUUCGCUCGACAGUCUCCCAACCCUGAACCCACGGUUGCAAGUUCUAGUGCACAAGAUCGCCUACACCCUCAGAAAAGCCAGGAUCUUCCACCACCCACUAUCACUCCCGAAUUAAAUCCUGACCAGUCUUCCGAUGUGGGCGUUGCAAACAUAAGUUUGACUAUUACAUCCGAACAACCUGACCCGAAGGUUGUCAAGGAAAAGCUCGUGAAUGCCAAAUCGGAUCUCGACGGAAUCAAACAUGUCUCAGGCAUGGUGAAAAAUACUGCUUCAGCAUCCGACAACCUACAGUCUGUUUCCGAUACGAUUGACACGUUCUCCCCGAUUCUCGCACCAUUAAGAGUGUUUAACACUGUCGCUACAACGCUUGCAGAUGUCCAUCCCUACGCGAAGGUGGCAUUGAGUAUCUUCACCUUCGCGUCUAAGAUGAUUCUCGAUCAGGCGAACCGGGAUGAUGCAAUGUCCCGUCUUCUUUCGAAGAUCUCGGAAGUCUAUGCUUUAUUAACGGCGCGUGAGGGAUUGACUAGGAUUGCAUCCAUGCUAGAGAUAUAUGGAAAGCUUGCGCGACAGACGUUGGAGUGUGCCGACUUUGUAGUCCAUUACUCGGAAAUGAAGAGUUUUUGGCGAAGACUCGGCAAGCACGUCUUCAAUGAAACAGAGGCCGCAAUCCAACGUCACAACGAGGUUAUCGACAAUCUCAUGCAACAGUUUCGAGAUCAAAUGGUUCUUACCACCACGGAAACUGUUCACCGCAUCGCUGAGGACCUGGACGUUAGUGGCAUGGAAUAUAUACCUGGUGCUGGAAGAAAUACCUCCAAGAAUUGUCUCCCAGGCACUCGGGAAGACAUUCUAUCUGAGAUCAAAUGCUGGGUCCGUAGCAUGAGCGAAGACGUGCCACGCAUCUUAUGGCUGUCUGGCACGGCAGGGAAAGGCAAAUCAGCCAUCGCCCAUACCAUAGCCAACUGGUCUCAGGAGCGCGGGGGAAUGCGAGCUUGUUUUUGCUUCGACCGCACAAGGGAAGCCGAACGCCGCCACGAAAAGAUAUUCACCACAAUCGCACGCGACUUGGCCGAUUGCGAUAUUACCAUGCGAGGAGCAUUGGCGCGUGCGGUUCAUGACGAUAACGAGCUUAAACACACUGUAGAUAUCUCAAGACAAUGGCAGGAGUUAGUCAUAGGACCAAUUUGCGAGGCCUCGAAAGCCACCACUGCGCCUAUCCUGCUAGUUAUCGAUGCGUUGGAUGAGAGCGGUGACGCGAAUACCCGAGAACAGAUUCUUCGUCUGCUGUCUGGAAAGGUGGACGUUACUUCCUCUCAACCCGCCGAGCUACCGGCAAAUAUCCGUAUCAUCAUCAUUUCCCGCCCACUGCAAGAUAUUCGCGAUACCCUGGGUGCAUCGCAUGUCCGCCAUGUCUCCAUGGAUGAUAUCUCGCCUGUAUCCACACUUAAUGACAUCCAGUUAUACAUUUCCACCAGGCUCGCAGGACUGGGCAACUUAUUCAACAAUGCACAUUUCAAGGUGCUUGCUGAGAAAUCUGACGGCCUAUUUGAAUGGGCUCGUCUCGCCUGUGAGUACAUCAAGAGCACGAACAGGGUUGGCCUGGGUCCGAUGGACCGGUUCGACGCUGUGGUUGCUGGAACGUCUGAAAAAGGAACACGUCUGUUGGAUAUUAUGUAUGCACGCAUCUUGGAAGAAAUCAUGCCGAAGGACGAGCGCAGGGAAGCUAUCCCAGUGUUUUGCUCAGUGAUGGGGCAAAUUAUUGCUUCAUUAGAACCACUUCCCAUGCCUGCGUUGACAACUAUGCGAAUACAUUUUCCUGAUGGGCGUAACCGUUACAAUGUACAAGAUGUCAUUAUAUCCCUAGAUCCUCAGAUUCCCAUACACCCCCUCCACGCAUCCUUCUACGACUUCCUCACAGACGAAUCGCGGAGCCAUGACUUCUUCGUCAACACAUCAGCGGUACAAAGAGAUCUUGCUUUUGCCUCGCUUCGGGUCAUGGACUCGGAGCGCGGGCUUCGCUUCAACAUCUGCUCCUUGGAGAACUCGUACUUGCCCAACUCUUCUGUCCCCGAUUUGGAGAAACGAGUCAAAGAAUCCAUUCCGGCUGAGCUAUCAUACUCAUGUCGCUUUUGGGGAACUCAUGUCAGCUUUACAUCCUUCGAAUCAUCGCUCGCUAAAGAGGCUGAAGCUUUCUUCGAUGGAGAGCGCCUCCUUUGGUGGUUGGAAGCACUGGCCCUGAUGAAAACUCUCGGCGGCUCUGUAGUGACCCUCUCAUCCAUCGAGGAAUGGUUUUCGGGUCAUGCCGAGUUCACGCAUGUUAGUCACGCUACCAGGGAUACCCUACGUUUCGUCCGAACAUUUGCGACCACCAUCUUACGCAGCACUCCUCAUUUAUACGUGUCCGCUCUGCCGUUCGCUCCAACACAGUCAAUAAUGUUUCGCAAGUUCGCCUCAAAGUUUCCUUGCACCCCUCGCAUCGUUGCUGGCCACGUCGAGAAUUGGCCUCAGAUGGAGAAGAUACUCCAUGCGAAUAGCAGGGUUAACUCGGUUGCAUUGUCGCCAGAUGGAAAAUGGAUUGCAUGUGGUUUAGAUGACGAAACGAUCCAGGUGUGGGAUAUCGAGACUGGCGAGGCAUUGUGCCCCCCUCUUCGAGGACACACUAGUUAUGUUAUGUCUGUUGCAUUCUCGCUGGAUGGACGUCGCAUCAUUUCAGGUUCAUGCGACGAAACAGUGCGGGUGUGGGAUGCGAAGACUGGCGAGGCAUUAGGAUCCCCUCUCCGAGGCCACACUGGCUAUGUUCUGUCUAUUGCAAUAUCACCGGAUGGAAAACGCAUCGUAUCUGGAUCGGCCGAUGAGACAAUUCGGGUGUGGGACCUGGAGACUGGCGAGGCAUUUGGUUCCCCACUCAAAGGCCACACAGAGGGUGUUCGGUGUGUCACAAUCUCACCAAAUGGGACACACAUCGUGUCUGGUUCAUAUGACAGCACGAUCCGGGUGUGGGAUAUGGAAACCGGCGAAGCAUUGGGCUCCCCUCUCCAAGGCCACAUUGGCGCUGUUUACUCUGUCGCAAUCUCGCCUGAUGGCAAACACAUCGUGUCUGGGUCAGAAGAUAAGACGAUUUGGGUGUGGGAUAUGGAGACUGGGGAGGCAUUGGGUGCCCCACUUCAAGGCCACACGGACGACGUUAAGUCAGUUGCAUUCAUGUCGGAUGGAAAUCGUAUUGUGUCUGGUUCAUUUGACCAGACGAUCCGAGUGUGGGAUGCGAAGAAUGGCGAGGCAGUGGGAUCCCCUCUUCAAGGCCACACUAACCGGGUUCGGUCUGUCGCAGUCUCGCCGGAUGGAAGUCGCAUAGUCUCUGGUUCAGAGGACAACACCAUCCGGGUGUGGGAUGCUGACACCAUCACUAGAAAGGCAUUGGUUACCGCCCUCGAAAGCCACAUCGACUCCAUCAACUCUGUUGCAAUCUCGCCGGAUGGAUCCUCCAUCGUGUCUGGUUCGGACGACAGGACGGUUCGGGUGUGGGAUAUAAAGACUGGCGAGGCAUUAAUUGUUAGCAUUCCAAUUCCUUUUCUUGCUCGUUAUCUCUUGAACAUCUUCGUUACCACACUGCUUCAUUGCUUCUUGACUUCUGCACCUUAUGGUACUUCCGCUCGUCGAUCCUCCGGUGUUGCGUUACAUAAUCAUUCACGCUGA